ACGGACCCGUUGGCUCUCCCCCCUCCCUUUCCCCGCCCUGAACCCCCCUCCUAGCUCGCCGGGAGUUAGUCCCCGUGGAGUUUCCCCUCCACCUCGCCGCCGUUUCCUCGGUCCUCCGUUCGGUGGAAGUCACUGCCCUCGAGGAGGAGGCAGCGGCAGCCGCCCUCGCCUCGCCGCCCCCGGUUCGGUGCCCGCGGUCCCGGAGAGGAGGUGCCGCCGCCACCGCCGCUCCCCCCCUCCCGCUGCCCUCGGGCCGGGCUGGGUCGAGCUGCGAUGCCCUCGGACUUCAUCUCAUUGCUCAGCGCGGACCUAGACCUGGAGUCGCCCAAGUCCCUGUACUCGCGAGAUUCUCUGAAGUUACACCCAUCACAGAAUUUUCAUAGAGCUGGACUAUUGGAAGAAUCUGUCUAUGAUCUUCUCCCCAAGGAGUUACAGUUACCUCCAUCUAGAGAAACAUCUGUAGCAUCAAUGAGUCAGACAAGUGGUGGUGAGGCAGGUUCGCCUCCUCCAGCUGUAGUUGCUGCUGAUGCUUCUUCAGCUCCCUCCUCUUCCUCCAUGGGCGGUGCUUGCAGCUCCUUUACCACCUCUUCCAGCCCUACCAUUUAUUCUACCUCAGUCACCGACAGCAAGGCUAUGCAAGUGGAGAGCUGCUCCUCAGCCUUGGGGGUAAGUAACAGAGGGGUAAGUGAAAAGCAGUUAACCAGUAACACAGUUCAGCAGCAUCCAUCAACACCGAAGAGGCACACAGUCUUGUACAUCUCACCACCACCUGAGGACUUGCUGGAUAACAGUCGGAUGUCCUGCCAGGAUGAGGGGUGUGGAUUGGAAUCUGAGCAGAGCUGCAGUAUGUGGAUGGAGGAUUCCCCCUCCAACUUCAGUAACAUGAGCACCAGUUCCUACAAUGAUAACACUGAGGUACCUCGUAAAUCACGAAAACGAAAUCCAAAGCAGAGGCCGGGGGUCAAACGACGAGAUUGUGAAGAAUCUAAUAUGGAUAUAUUUGAUGCCGACAGUGCCAAAGCACCUCACUAUGUGCUUUCUCAGCUUACCACGGACAACAAAGGCAACUCAAAAGCAGGAAAUGGAACAUUGGAAAACCAAAAAGGAACUGGAGUAAAGAAGAGCCCUAUGUUGUGUGGACAGUAUCCUGUUAAAUGUGAGGGAAAGGAGCUGAAGAUAGUUGUACAACCUGAGACCCAGCACCGGGCUCGGUAUCUGACUGAGGGUAGCCGUGGCUCAGUAAAGGAUAGAACACAGCAAGGGUUUCCUACAGUAAAGCUGGAAGGCCAUAAUGAGCCAGUAGUGUUGCAAGUGUUUGUGGGCAAUGACUCUGGUCGAGUGAAACCACAUGGGUUUUAUCAGGCCUGCAGGGUAACUGGGCGAAAUACGACUCCCUGCAAAGAAGUGGACAUUGAAGGCACUACUGUUAUAGAAGUUGGCCUUGAUCCGAGUAACAACAUGACACUAGCGGUGGACUGCGUAGGGAUACUAAAAUUGAGGAAUGCUGAUGUGGAAGCCAGAAUAGGAAUUGCUGGUUCCAAGAAAAAAAGCACUCGUGCCAGAUUGGUUUUUCGAGUUAAUAUCACAAGGAAAGAUGGCUCCACUUUGACACUGCAGACACCUUCUUCUCCAAUUUUAUGUACUCAGCCAGCAGGAGUGCCAGAAAUCUUAAAGAAAAGCUUGCAUAGCUGUUCAGUGAAAGGAGAGGAAGAAGUAUUUUUAAUUGGCAAGAACUUUCUGAAAGGAACUAAAGUUAUUUUCCAAGAAAAUGUUUCUGAUGAAAACUCUUGGAAGUCAGAAGCUGAAAUCGACAUGGAAUUAUUUCAUCAGAAUCAUCUUAUUGUGAAGGUUCCCCCAUAUCAUGACCAACAUAUAACUUUGCCAGUAUCGGUGGGAAUAUAUGUAGUGACCAAUGCUGGAAGAUCUCAUGAUGUUCAGCCAUUCACUUACACUCCAGACCCAGCAGCUAGUGCUUUGAAUGUAAAUGUGAAGAAGGAAAUAUCUAGUCCAGCGAGACCUUGCUCUUUUGAAGAGGCCAUGAAAGCAAUGAAGACUACUGGAUGUAACUUAGAUAAGGUAAAUAUUCUUCCUAAUGCUCUGAUCACUCCGCUCAUAUCCAGCAGUAUGAUUAAGAGUGAAGAUGUUACUCCAAUGGAAGUAACAGCAGAAAAAAGAUCUUCUCCUAUUUUUAAGACUACAAAGACAGUUGGAUCAACUCAACCAACAUUAGAAAAUAUCUCUAACAUAGCAGGAAAUGGGUCUUUUUCAUCAUCGUCAUCAUCUUCCCACUUACCUUCUGAAAAUGAAAAGCAGCAGCAGAUUCAGCCCAAGGCAUACAAUCCAGAGACCCUGACGACUAUCCAAACACAGGACAUUUCACAACCUGGUACCUUUCCAGCAGUGUCUGCUUCUAGUCAGCUGCCCAGCAGUGAUGCACUACUGCAGCAGGCUACACAGUUUCAGACAAGAGAAGCGCAAUCUAGAGAGGUAUUACAGUCAGAUGGUACAGUGGUUAAUUUGUCACACCUGACUGAGGCAUCGCAGCAACAGCAGCAGUCACCACUACAAGAACAAGCACAGACUCUACAGCAGCAGAUCUCAUCAAAUAUUUUCCCAUCAGCAAAUAGUGUGAGUCAACUGCAGAGUACGAUUCAGCAGUUGCAAGCAGGAAGUUUUACAGGCAGUACUGCUAGUGGCAGCAGUGGAAAUGUUGACUUGGUCCAACAAGUUUUAGAGGCACAACAACAGUUAUCUUCAGUUUUAUUUUCUGCUCCAGAUGGUAAUGACAAUGUUCAGGAACAGCUUAGUGCAGACAUUUUUCAACAAGUCAGUCAAAUUCAAAAUAGCGUAAGCCCUGGAAUGUUUUCCUCAACAGAACCAGCAGUCCAUACCAGACCAGAUAAUUUAAUAGCUGGAAGAGCUGAAAGUGUUCACCCACAGACCGAAAACACAUUAUCUAAUCAGCAACAACAACAGCAGCAACAGCAAGUGAUGGAAUCAUCAGCUGCAAUGGUGAUGGAGAUGCAACAGAGUAUCUGCCAGGCAGCUGCCCAGAUUCAGUCAGAGUUAUUUCCUUCAACUGCUUCAGCAAAUGGAAACCUUCAGCAAUCUCCAGUUUACCAGCAGACUUCUCAUAUGAUGAGUGCAUUAUCUACCAAUGAGGAUAUGCAAAUGCAAUGUGAAUUGUUUUCUUCUCCUCCUGCAGUUUCUGGAAAUGAAACUGCUACAACCACCACACAGCAGGUUGCAACCCCUGGCACUACCAUGUUUCAGACAUCAAGUUCAGGAGACGGAGAAGAAACUGGAGUACAAGCAAAACAGAUUCAGAACAGUGUCUUUCAGACCAUGGUCCAAAUGCAACAUAGUGGAGACAAUCAGCCUCAAGUUAACCUUUUUUCCUCUACAAAGAGUAUGAUGAGUGUUCAGAAUACUGGUGGCCAACAACAAGGUAAUGGUUUAUUCCAGCAAAGUAAUGAGAUGAUGUCACUCCAAUCUGGGAAUUUUUUGCAGCAGUCUUCUCAUUCACAAGCUCAGCUUUUUCAUCCUCAAAAUCCUAUUGCUGAUGCUCAGAACCUUUCCCAGGAAACUCAAGGUUCUAUUUUUCAUAGUCCAAGUCCUAUUGUCCACAGUCAGAAUUCUACAACUUCCUCUGAACAAAUGCAGCCUCCAAUGUUUCACUCUCAAAGUACCAUGGCUGUGCUACAGGGCUCUUCUGUUCCUCAAGACCAGCAGUCAGCCAACAUAUUUCUUUCCCAGAGUCCAAUGAAUAAUCUCCAAACUAACACGGUAGCCCAAGAAGAACAGAUUUCAUUUUUUGCAGCUCAGAACUCAAUUUCUCCACUUCAGUCAACAUCAAAUACUGAACAGCAAGCUGCAUUCCAACAACAGUCUCCAAUAUCACACAUCCAGACCCCUAUGCUCUCCCAAGAACAGGCACAACCCUCCCAGCAAGGUCUUUUUCAGCCUCAGGUGUCCCUGGGCUCCCUUCCUCCUAAUCCAAUGCCUCAAAACCAACAAGGAGCAAUUUUCCAGUCACAGCACUCAAUAGUUGCCAUCCAGAGUAACUCUCCAUCCCAGGAGCAGCAGCAACAGCAGCAGCAACAGCAGCAGCAACAGCAGCAACAACAGCAGAGCAUUUUAUUCAGUAAUCAGAAUACGAUGGCUACAAUGGCAUCUCAAAAGCAACCACCACCAAAUAUGAUAUUCAACCCAAGUCAAAAUCCAAUGGCUAAUCAGGAGCAACAGAACCAGUCAAUUUUUCACCAACAAAAUAAUAUGACCCCAAUGAAUCAAGAGCAGCAGCCCAUGCAAUUUCAGAACCAGCCCACAGUUUCCUCACUUCAGAACCCAGGUCCUACCCAAUCUGAAUCAUCACAGACCUCCUUGUUCCAUAGCUCUCCUCAGAUUCAGUUGGUCCAAGGGUCAUCGAGUUCUCAAGAACAGCAAGUAACACUCUUCCUCUCUCCAGCAUCCAUGUCUGCAUUGCAGACCAGUAUAAACCAACAAGACAUGCAACAGUCUCCUCUUUAUUCCCCUCAGAACAACAUGCCAGGAAUCCAAGGGGCCACAUCUUCACCUCAACCACAGGCUACUUUAUUUCACAACACUACAGGAGGCACAAUGAACCAAUUACAGAAUUCUCCUGGCUCAUCUCAACAGACUUCAGGAAUGUUCUUAUUUGGCAUUCAAAAUAACUGUAGUCAGCUUUUAACUUCUGGACCAGCUACAUUGCCAGAUCAAUUGAUGGCCAUAAGUCAGCCAGGCCAACCACAAAAUGAGGGCCAGCCACCUGUGACGACACUUCUUUCUCAGCAAAUGCCAGAGAAUUCUCCACUGGCAACCUCUAUAAACGCCAACCAGAACAUUGAAAAGAUGGAUUUGCUUGUUUCAUUGCAAAACCAAGGGAACAACUUGACUGGUUCCUUUUAACUGGAUGUAAUUCCAUGAAGAAAAUCCUGAUUCCAAGAUGUCCUGAGAUCUUGUGAUUUCAUGAGGAUUUAUUGAACUGUUACUUUAAAAACAAAACAAAAUAUGAAAAACUGUGAUUGAGUAAAUGGAUAGAUUUUACUCUGACUGCAAAAGAGCACACCUAUCCUGCCUGUUGCAGUGAUUAGCCACCAUUGUUAACAUCUUCAUAUUUUAUGUUCCUAAUAACAGUGAUGACUGAGAAUCUAUUUGAGUUUCCAGCUGACAGGAUUAAUUGUUGCUAUUUUCCUAGGCACUGUUUCUCUAAAAGUUCAGUUUAAAUUCAAAAGCUGGACUGCUCAGUUAUUAUUGCUAUUAAGAAAUAAUUCAUAUUAUCAUGUUUACUUUUGUUCUUCACUGUUUUCUUUCCUACAUUGUUCUAGUCAAGUUAGCCUUUUGAAAAACGAAAGUUCAAAUAGUAACUAAGGCUGUGAUUUUUCAACAUAAAAAGCACAGCUAUUGGCCAAAGUGAAGGAAAUCUUUUUUCAGUUUUUAUGGAGAAACUGAAGGGGAUAGCGUUUUGACAAGUAAGCUGUAUUAAGAGCUCUACACAGAUAAGAGGCCUCUUUGUUUAUCACAAAGGCAGACAACACACUUAUAAACUGGGAACAGCUGGAAUGCUAUUGAUUUUAUUUUUUAGAGAGUUGUUAAUUCUCUGUAUUUCUGUUAAGGGGUUUAGCCAUAACUGUGCAUAGAAAAAUAAUCAUCUUGCUCUAUAAAAAAUGAGGGGGAUAAUAUAUGGCAAAUUAUGUUCUGAUGUUCUCCUACAAUAGUUUAAACUGACAGUAAUUUGAGUCUGUUUUCUUCUUAACCCAAUCUUGGGCCAAUGUUCCCUUUUUAUAUUCAUCUAUAUUAUUCUUCCCUUCCUUUUCACUUUAUUUUAGACAACUGGUAAUAUACUACUAGCUUUGUGACCCUGUAGCCACUUAAAUAAAAAGGCCACUUUGAUCUGGGGUAACCCAGUAACUCCUGCAGCACAAGUGGGAACAGAGGGGUGGGGCACCCUUUCAGGAAUGAGGGGAGCUGAUUCCUGAGAAACAAGAAGCAAUGCAUUUUUUUUCCGUGAACGGUGCUGUUCUGAAGUCUUCAGAUUUUUCCCUCUAAUAAGAAAGUAUAAGUUUUAAGUUAAAAAAAGGCAAAGUAAAAUUUCUUGAAACAUCACUUCUCUCUAAGCUGCAGUGAGUGUAAUUCACUUGUCACCUCAGUGCUUUACAGUUUGAAGUGGUCACUUAUCUGAUGGUUCCCACAAGCCUUAGGCUUUACAGGGUCAUAUCAUUGACUUAAAAUGAAGAAUUAACUUGUGUUACAUCUAUAGAGAGCAAAAUAACACACUCCAGAACUUGCAGUUGUAGCAUUAGUUACACAGUUUUGGGUGUUCUUGCCACCCAUGGGAUGCCUGCUUCUCACUACAACCUGUUGUCUGGACACAUGCUUAUGUCUUCUUUUCCUUUCGGCAUGUAGAAAGCUGUUAAUACAGUUUAAGGCCAAAUUGUGUGUGGCUUCUAUAUGUAGAUAAGAUGUUUUGGUAUUCUUGUCCGUUUCAUUUAUUUUUUAAGUGUACAAAAAAUAGCCUGUUAAUGGUUGUUGAAGGCUACUUUUCUGUUUGUUCUUUUACUUUUGUUUUUCUAUCGUAUGUAUUUAGUUGAACUUUGUGGAAUUGUGGUGUUGGUUUUGUUUAUACAGCCAGAUUUUUCCCCCUUUUCGUGAUGGUCUUCCUUGAUUCUUUGUGUUCUUCUAAUUUGUUUUUUCUUCUUGUUCUCAUAUAUUCUUCCCUCCACCCCCAGCCCUUUCUUUCUUUCUCUCUCUGAUUGAGAGGCAUUGAAUUACGUUUUCAGUAGUACAGGCUUCUUGCCGAUAUGAAGGGAACUUUUCAGAAAGAGACCUACUCUGGGUCAUUUAAUUUUGAAUACAGUUUUCAAUCGUUCAAGUUUUGGAUGGUUUAUAUCUAAUGUGUGUUUCAUUUUUUUGGAAAGCUAUAUUUUGUAUUUAGGAAAUGGUAUACUAUUUUGCUAUUUGUACUGAGUGAGUACAUUGGCAUAAAUAUAGAAAUUUAUAUAUAUACAUAUAUAUAAACUAUUCUUUUUUUUGCCACACGUUUUUGUGGUAAAUUUGUGAGUUUGUCUGAUGUUCUACCACAACGUGGCGUCUGAUAACAGUGAGGGGGGGGUUGUUAUGUCUUUAUGAGUAUUUAAGCAUCUUUUGAAACAAAUGACCUGUUCAUCUGUGGCCAUUCCAUCAGGCAGUUCCUUGAUGUUAUUAGUGGGCUAAAGGCAGCUUACUGUGUGUUUGCUGGAUCUUUCACUCAGCAAAAUGUUAGAGUAAGGAAACCCAUCUAGGCAGUUGUGUCAAAUGGUGUUUCACAAGAAUGAGCCAUUCAGUCUUUGCUCACUAUAUAUUUAAUAUUUUAUUAUUGUUGUUAUUAUUAAUUGGCUUUCUGUAUUCUAUGCCUUUUAUUUAUAAAGACACUAAAAAAAAAACCAUGUUUGUAAUUUUAAUAAUGUUUUCCCCAUCUUGUAAUAUCCAGAGCUACUUUAUAAAUUCUCUGAACCAAAAGCAUUUUUCUCAGUAUCUCUCUUCUCUCCCAACCCCUAUCAGGAGAAAUUACCCAGUAUAGUUCAGGUUAUGAGAAGGACCAUCCACACAAUCCAGUGCUUCAGUUUUAAAAUGCAAAACUGUAACUACAGAGGGUCAAAACUAAUGUCAGAAAGCUUGCCCAGCAGCUAUAAAAAUAAGAAGUAGAAAUAAAAUGCUGAAGUUUAUUUCUGAGUUUUCUGAAUUUUUUUCUCAGAGAUUCUACAGAAGACUCAGGAAGUCUAUUUGUUGACCAAGUUCCAAUUAGAAUGUUUGUUAACGCUGCUCCACGGAUGAAGCGGGGGCAAGAAGACUGGCUUGUGUGCUGGCUUCUGUUCUGUUAUGUAGCAAGAGGUUUAUCGUUUUUUAAAUGCUGAUUGCCAAUGCCAAGUCACCAGGGACCAAUUUUCUGUUUUAUAAUAUCUAAGUUUAGAACAGAACAUACACCUGAACUGUAGUGGUUUGAUUGGAUGGAGGCAGAAAACCCAAUUUUUAUUUUCAAAAAUUUUGUGGUUAUUUAUACAAGGGCUGUGCUAUGCUACUAUAUUCUUAUUAAAUAAUGAUCGAUUUUGUUUUUUUAACAUUGUUAAAUGCUCCUUACCCCUAAAGGUCAAUGUUAAGUACAGCAUUCUGAAUAUACCAUUUGGUUACAAAAAGUAUUUAUCUUCUUAUUGAAGAGUUAGCUCAAUGGUCAGUGGUUGAUACUUGUGCUGAUAAUGUGGUUUUCCAGAUUGCUGUUAUAAGUUAUAGGUACCUAUAGCAGAGAAUCUGUGAGCCAGCAAAGGCCUUGGAAACAACAAUUUAUUAAAUUUAUAUAUGGCAGAAUGACGUAAAUAAACUAUGAACCACAUUUUAUUCCUUCAUAUCAUUACCUUCAAUUGUUCUUGCUUUUAGCAGUUCACAUUAAUGCUUGGAGCUUAUCUCUGUGUCUGUGUGAGUGUGUGUGUAUGUGUGUUUUAUUCCUUAUUGUCAUUCCAUUAUAUAUCCACACCAACAUGGGAGAAGAUAAUUAUAAGUCGUAUUUUGCUUCUGAGCUUUAUCAUGUUACCUUUGUAAUUAGAGUAUCAUGUUGUUCUUUAGCCAAUACAAAUCUGUUUUCACCAAUCUCCCUAGAACAGGAUUUUUGUUUUGUUUUGUUUUGUUUUUCUAGAACAGGUUUUGAAAGGGCUUAGUUUAUUAUAGAAGCAGUAUUAAUGAGGGACCAGCCUUCUGUCCUUCCUUCCUUCUUUUGUAAUAUUGUAUAUGGUGUAGUUGGGAAUUUCAGUGUAGUGCAUUUGUUGCCCAUCAGAACCUCAGUUAAUCUGCCUAGGAAAAAUAGUGUCAAAGAAAAUGAGAAAGAAGUUAUGUCUGAAUCCCUCUAGAACUAAGAACUACGAUACUAAGUCCUUUUGACCAUUUAAGCUGUUGUAGACACAUGUUUUGGAAGAGUGAUAUCUGUUUAGACAUAUCAACCGUUAAAGACCAGAAUUAAAUGCUUUAAUAAUGAAAAUCUCUAAUUCAACAUGGUUUGUAAAUAUAUUCUCUAGGAGUAAUUUGAGAACUUUUCAUCUUUCUGGUGAAAAUUUCUGUCCUAAUCUUUGUUUCCUAGUUGAUUUUUCUUCUAAUUAACUGAAAAUUAUAUGAGACCUAUUAGCUUUACUCUGCUUCAUGAUCACAGGCUUCCUCCCUAACCGAGACAGCCAUGUUAUAUCUGCAUGCCUUUGGCUAUAUGGUGGGCCUUAAUGAAAGAGAAACUGUAGAGUUCAGCAGCUUUAUUAAAAAAAUAACCCAGAGUAUCCACCCUAGUAAGUGGGCGAGUAGAAUCUUAUAACAUGUUAAAAAGGGGUUUUCUUCUCUGCUUCUGUGUGUCACUAGAGCUAAACAUGGAGAUAAUAUUCAUAAUGUAGUAAAUAUCAAAACAGUACCUAUAGUAUCGUUUGUGAAUUGUCCAGUGAUCUAAUUACUUCAUAAAUCCCCAUUUAUUUUCAUGCCAUUCUAGACUCAUUUAUUAAUAAAAUUGUUUUUACUCAACUUUCUCUUUCAGGAAAAAAUUUUAAUUUAGUAUUUUAUAUCUAGAUUAAAUGCUUAUGGAAAAGUGCCUUUUUACCAUGAUAGUGCCCCUUUCUUGUAAUUUCAGUUUUUACUAUUGCCAAAAACACAUAAACAAAUUAUUUUAUUAGGUCCCAACUUUCAAUUUUUCCAUUUAGUCAUUCUUUUCUCCAUUUCUCGAUCACCAUAGAAAACUUUAUGUUUCUAACUCCCUUUGGCAUAAGAAUAAGAGAAAAGAUGCAUUACUAGAAUUGUUCCUUUGAGGGAGAGUAAGUAAAAGAUCACAGAAUUAGUAGUUUAGGGUUUAUAUAAAUUAACUGAAUUUGUCUUCAUCUCAACCAACCAACAAUAGUCUUAUCUGAAUGCUAAUGAAAAUUUUACUACCUGUGGGACUUCAUGCACACAAAUGUGUUUAGUUAAAUUUCAGGAAAGAAGUGUUUAAAUUAUCUUCUAUGAUCUUAAUUAGAUGGUGAAAAUAAAUCUCUAAUGCAUAGUUUAGGAAAACCCUGGUAAUGUCAAUUUUUCUAACUGGACAGGGCCAAGUAAUUCAUUAUAGUGCCCUUCUUGCCCAUCUGAACUUCAGCAAUCUGCCUAUGAAAAAUUGUAUCAAAGGAAAUGAAAAAGUUAUGUCUAAAUCCCUCCAGAACUAAGUUAUCUUAGUUAAUAGUUCUUUUAACCAGAUACAGUUGAAUUGAGUGUCCCUCUGGUAUUUGUUAAUUUUGCCUAUGUUCCAGCUUCUUACCACAGUGAUGUGGCCUGAAGAAAGGGCCAUGAGCAACAGGUCAGGAUAGUAGGAGCUUUGAGAUAGAGCUGCUUUCCCCACAUGAGCAUUUCCAUGACUGGUAGCAGCACUGAAGACUGCAAACCUUUAUGCAAUACUCUCAAUACCCCAUUGAUAUUAUGCACUUUAAUCAUUCCAAAGAAGCAAGAAUGCUGUAUAGUGAUGAUUCCUUCUUAAUGAAUAAUCCUAACUAUUUAGAAUAUUUACAUCCCUUUUUAUUUUCAAUAGCCAGCUUGGUAUAAGUGUUAUGAGAAUAUUUUCUAAAAGGACUGUAUAGUAGGACUUAAGGCUUCAAUGUAAUUGACUAUAAGGGGAAAUGAUUACACUUCAGCAAAUCAUUUUAGAAGCAUUAAAAUAUUUAGUUCACCUUGCUAAUCUGUAUGUUAGUUAAUUAAAACCAGCCCUCUUCCUAUAUAUUUUGUGUCAUGUACAUAAGAAUAUUAUAGUAUAUAGUUUUCUACAUAUAUAGGAUCUAUAAACCAGUGGUUCUUAAAGCAUAGUCCUCAGCUCACCAGCCAACAUCAGUAUCACCUGGAAACUAUUUAGAAAUGCAAAUUUGGGGGCCCUAGCCUAGACAUACUGAAUCAGAAACUCUGCAGUGGGGCCCAGCAAUCUGUUUUAACAGCCCCUCCAGGUGAUUCUGAUGCAUGCUAAAGUGUGAGAACCUCUGGUGUAAACUAUAUACAGUAAGGUCUAGAAAGGUUUUUUUCACUCAUACAGACACAGUUAUACAUUGUUCUUUACGUAAAUUCAGCUUAACCUGGUUAUCCAUAAUCAUUUAUUGGCAAUGAUAAUUUAUUCUCAGUGCUGCCUAUAGAAGUACAGUAUAUUUUAUGUACAUAUACAGUUAGUCUAGUUAUUGAUAAUUCAGUAAACUUAGUUUGGCAUUUUCCUACCACUUACUAAAAAGUUUACAUUGCAUGACUGAUUUAAAUAUAUAGGUGCAAUGUUUUAUAUUUCUUUUAAUUAUCAUGACAUUUAAGUAGCUACCAUAAUUGACGGGUGCUAAAGUCUCCUGUUUAUCCAUAAAAUGGGUAUGUUGUGGGCAGUGAUAAUACAAGCUCUCUUUUCAUUGCCUCUUCCUUUACCAGCAGACCACCGUUUUGGUCUGGCUAGACCAACUCUCAGAACAAAAUUAUUUAUCAUUCCUUGUAUUUACAUUUGUAUCUGAGAUAUUAAACAAGAUGGCUGGCCAGGUCAACAAAGCACCUUAUUUAAUUUCUUUUUUUAAUACUUAAAACUUCUUUAAAAGUAGCUUGCUUUGUAUGAGAACUGAUGCAGUAGAGAUAUAGCUAUGCUUGGAACUUAUUCUUCAGACAGGAGUUACUUACUAAAAUAAGUAUCAAACAAGACAAUGCAUCAUAUAAUUUGGGCAUUUCUCCCUUCUCAAUUGUAUGCAUCAUGGUAAAUAUAAACUAACCACAACAGAAGUAGAUUUAUUUAUGCAUUUUAAUCUUCCUGUGUAAUACAAUACCUCCAUAAUUGUUCUCAUCUUCCUCCCACUGUUUACUCAUUACCGAUUAAAUAACUCAUGAAAGAAAAAUGAACAUUUCAAAAUAAAAAUCAUUGUAUACUCACUUUAUAAAAAUUGCCACUACUGUCUUUACUUAAGACUAGCGGUGGAAGGUAAGUGGCUUACUCUACAAACUUUGGUGCUGGCAAAUACACAGGCAAACUGUUGGGAGAUGUUCUAGCUACAUUCCUCCUUUCUUGUUCCCUUUCCCCUCUUCCCCACUGUAUGGCAUAAUAUAUUUCUGUUCCCAAAGCAUUCUACCACAAUUCUAUUCGACUCCAACUUGUAAUAUUUCCUUUAAAAGCCCCGUGUUUACCCAUAUCAUCCCUGCUUUUUUUUUCGCAGAAGUAAUUUGAGAUAGUUUGUAAGGAUUGCUCAUUAAUAUUAUUUUAGCUAAUGAACCUCAGGACAAAAUACAUACACACACACACACAGCCACACACACAGCCACACACACACCAUCUCAGAUGUUUGAGAGUGAGUUUGGAAUCAGAAUAAUGUGCCCAAGAAAGAACUGUCCUGCACUGAAGUGUUUAUGGAUCCAGUAGCUACAAACUGAUUCCAAUGGCAUUGAACUGAGUUCUUUUGAUCUAAUGAAUGUAUCUGCUCACCUUGUUCCCUUCCUUCUAAUUGAUAAGCUCCAAAUAGUUCCUGCUCCUUUUCACAGCUUUUACUGAGUUUCGUUCACUUCUUUUACUUAGUCUUUUAAUACAUAUACUACAAAUAUUUCAUUAACCUAUUCUCAAGUGGUUUAGCUACCAUUCUGCCAUUGAAAUUUUUUAAUUUAAUUUUGUUUGCUUGAGCACACUGAUCAACCACUGAACUGCCUUCUUCCAUUGUCCUGCAGUGACAUAAGGGUUACAUUUUUGUGCAUAAGGCUUUCCUAGUUGGGAUUUCAGAGCACUGACACCAGAUGUUUUCAGUUUGUUCUCUGGGGGAAUUUCAUUUGCAUCUAUGUUUUUAGCUAUCUGUGAUAACUUGUUAAAUAUUAAAAAGAUAUUUUGCUUCUAUUGGAACAUUUGUAUACUCGCAACUAUAUUUCUGUAAACAGCUGCAGUCAAAAAUAAAACAAUGAAAGUUUUCAUUUU